GCACUGAGCAACAGGCUUGGACCCCGUUCAUGCCUGGACAUGCCAAGGCACAACUCAGAGAAUGUCCUGUCCUGUACUGGGCAUGGCGAGACAGAGGGAUAGUUCGCUCCAUGGAGAAGAGUGCAGGACUAUCAAGUUUCCUUUUGGCUGUUUGGAUGGAGGGUGUCAUGGAGCGAUAGAAGGAUGGAUGUGUAGCUUGAGAGAUCAGUGGUACUGAGCUGAACUAGCACGGGAACCAUGGUUAUGUUGAAGAUUUCUGCUUUCCUUGUUGCUUAUGCCCUGGUCAUUUGCCAGAUGUACAGCUCACAAGCAGCCCCAUCCAGACCGGGCAUAGAGUCCAUGACAGACCGAGUCACCCUUACGGACUACGAGGCAAGAAGGUUACUCAACGCCAUAGUCAAGGAGUUUGUGCAGAUGACAGCCGAAGAGCUGGAGCAGCAAGAGAAUGAAGGCAACGAAGGCAAUAGCAUGGAAAGGCCCAUUACCAAGCGCUGCUCUAACCUCAGCACCUGCGUGCUGGGCAAACUGUCCCAGGACCUGCACAAAUUACAAACGUUUCCCCGCACGGACGUGGGCGCGGGCACGCCUGGCAAGAAACGCAGCGCGCCCGAGAGCGAACGCUAUGCAAGCUACGGGAAGACAUUUGACAGCAUCUAACCCUCCGCCCUCCUCCUAUUCCCUCUCUUUUCAUUAUAACGUCCUCCUGGUUUUUGUUUGACAAGUCUCAGUUGCAUGUGGAUUUUUCCUGCUUGAUUGACCUAAGAGCGAAUCUCCCAUUGCAACCCCCACUUCUUCAUUUUUGUAUUAUUUUGACAAUUCCUUUCCGUUUUCGGCAAAGAAUGACAUCUUGUAUCUGUUCAGACAAUCAACUCUUCUAAAUUGCAAUUAUUCAAAAGAAUGAAUCAACAUAUAUCGAUUUUCUUUCAGUGUGUAUAUUCAUAUAAUUUGAUUACAUUUAAAAUUCCUGAUAACCCAAAUUCCUAAGAGAUAACCUAAGUAAUAUUCAACCAUAAUAAAUAGUUUCUUCAUGCCUCACCAUGUUUCUUGUUCAAUAAACCUAUUUUUCUACCAGGAAGGCUUUUACUUUUUAUUCUUAAGGAAUAGAAUAUUAGUAAUUAAACAAUUUGUUUUAUGGACCUAGCUUUGGCUCUUCCAACAGCGGCAUUUCAUAUUUUUUCAUUGCAGGAUAGAGUAAAUCAUAGUUAUUAUAGCAUUUCCAUUACCCUUGAACUAUCUCUAGAACCUUCACCAAGUCUCAAGGUAAGAAUUAUGAUCGACUGAACCAUUCUAAUGAUCUAACAUUUUCAGAGACUAUAUUAAUCCACGGUCUACUUGUAUGUGUUUAGUUGUAAUUGUUCUACUCCUGUUAAUGACAAUGACACUUUCAUUUUAAUGGAGGUGUCGUAAAGCAGAUGUUUUAAUUACAUUGAACCGUAUUGCUUGAUUAGAUAAGGAAAUAGUGUGUGUGUUUGAUAGGGUGUGUGUUUGUGCAUGUGCUUGAGUAUGUGUACAUUUGUAAGUGUCUGGCAUGAGACGCUUUUGUGCGUCUGUGUACUGUAUGUGUAUGAGGUACUGUUAACCCUGUCUCCAUUC